AGCUACGCUCCUCCUGCUAAAGAAGAGGCCUGCUGGACGGAGAAAGAAGCUCUCGUCAAAGAGGAGGUGGAAGAGGAGGCUGUUGAAAUACUAAAACAAGUAGAGGGUGAGGCUGUUACUGUGAAAGAAGAAGAGAGAGACGUUUCAGUUAAAGAAGAGGAAGACGCGUUCAGAGUGAAAAAGGAGGGGGAGAUGGCUGUCACAUCCAAAAAGGAGGUGGAAGAAGAGGAGGAAACUGGACAUCUGGGCCCGGUUUCCCAAACGCAUCUUAAGACAUCCAAUAAUGAACUUAGCCAUAAGAUGGUUUUGAGAAACCGUUCCCUGAUUAACACUAGAGAGAGACGUGACUAUCGUGGAUCCUCUGGGAAGCCUCAACAACCUCAUGAUGCUGACGAGGCAGAGAAGAGUCUCUCCAGAUCAGAACACCUCAAGAAACACCAGCAGAGACCCACAGGGAAGACAUCUUACUGCAAAUUGUCGUCAGAACUUAAAAUACACCAGCAAGUACACGCAGGAGGGAAAGCUCACCACUGUUUUGAUUGUGGGAAGAGUUACUCAAGAGCAGAUGCACUGAAGGUACACCUGAGAAUUCACACAGGAGAGAAACCUUUUGUUUGUGAUCAAUGUGGGAAGAAAUUUACUGUGUCAAACUCCUUGAUAGUGCACCAGAGAAUACACACAGGAGAGAAACCUUAUAGCUGUUAUCAAUGUGGGAAGAGUUGUACUACAUCUAGCCAUCUAAUUGUACACCAGAGAACACACACAGGAGAGAAAUAUUUUAUCUGUGAUCAAUGUGGGAAGAAUUGUAAUACAUCUAGCCAUCUAAUUGUACACCAGAGGACACACACAGGAGAGAAACCGUAUAGCUGUGGUCAAUGUGGGAAGAGUUUUGGUCAAUCUGUCCAUUUGACAGUGCACCAGAGAACACACACAGGAGAGAAACGUUAUAGCUGUGGUCAAUGUGGGAAGAGUUUUGGUCAAUCUGGCCACCUGACAGUGCACCAGAGAAGACACAGUUGA